AUGGAAAUCUCUAAAAGUACUGCUGAUAAUUCUUUAGCAGACGUUGAAACAACUCCUCUUCUUGCUUCUCCAUCUUCUCCAUCUCCAUCUUCUUCUUCUUCUUCUCCAUUUACUUCGUCUUCACCAAUUGUCCCAAGUAAUACCUCCAAACAUACCACAAUGGAUUCACUACUUUCAGGUGCCUCCUACAACCACCCCACAAAUGUUAGCUCUCAAUACUCUUCUCCACCACCUAAAAUCAUUGCUGGAAUAGAUCCAGUUAGCAACCAAACAACCCCAAAUAGCUCUACCGCAAAUUUACUCAGUUCAACAGCCUCACUGGCCGCUCAACGGGCUGGUUCCCUAAGAUCUUCUCAUGUACCAUCGCCAUUGGCCAUUAAACAAACCCGCCAACAACAACAACAACAACAACAACAACAGGCAUAUGGCCACCACCGUAUCGGACCACAACGCACAUCAUAUACCACACAGAAACUGAAACUGCUUCCAGAAAAUGUCCCUGAAGAAGAAGACGAAGAAAGCGGCCGUGAAGUGUACUCGCAAGUCACCCGAAUUAAAGACACACCAGCUCGAAAAGACGCCGAACGACUAGGCAAGGCCCACCGCUCGGUCCUCCCACGUGUCACUGCAUACUGCACCGCCAGCUCGUACCGCAUGAAGGAAAUUACACGAUACCUCAACAGCCGCAGACAGUACAAGGCUGCACCCAAGCUGUUUGAUGAAUGCCUGUAUACUCCAUAUACUUACAAGAGAGACGACAAAACAGGAGGAGGAGGAGGAGCAUAUAAUUUAUCUGCAAAUAGUAGUUCCGGAACUGUAGUUGCAUCAAGUACAACUUCAAGCUCUACGUCUCCGACAAGUAGUAGCUAUACCGAACGACUGAAUGGACUGAUGAGAUUAGACGAUGAAGGUGGAGAGAUUGAUGUUGAGCUGACUGGGCAUUCAGACGUGUUUUUAUUUGAGUAUGGUGUAGCUGUUUUCUGGGGGUUUUCUGAGGCCGAGGAACGUCGAUUUCUUAAAGAGUUGGCUCGGUUUGAAAACGAAAAGCUUGCAGAUGAGGACGUUCAAGUUGAAGAAUUCAACUACUACAUCACCAAAAGCUAUCAACCGCGCAUUUAUAAUGAUUUUAUCACUUUGCGUGAUGGAACAAAUUAUAUGAUCAAAUUAUCCAUUUCGCAUGCGCUGGCACAGAGCGUCAAGAUCUCUUUGUUUGAAGAGCUCGUGGACAAUACGAUUGAAGAUACUCAAGAUUUCCCACAAGAAGUUGCCGUCACUGGAAAAAUCAGCAUGAGUCGCAAGGAUAUUAUGAAAAGCAUUGGUGAACUUUUUAUUUUGCGCAUCAAUGUCAAUCUCCAUGGAAGUGUACUGGACUCGCCGGAGCUUAUGUGGAGCGAGCCGCACUUGGAACCCAUCUACCAGGCUGCUCGCGGGUACCUGGAAAUCACCCAGCGUGUUACUCUUCUCAACCAACGCCUCGAAGUCAUUUCCGACCUGCUUCAAAUGCUUAAGGAACAAAUGGGUUAUGCUCAUGGCGAGUAUCUUGAGUUUAUUGUCAUUGUUUUGAUUGCUGUAGAAAUCCUGGUGGCUAUUGUCAAUGUCGUUGUUGAUUAUUAUGCCUCCCGACCUUAA